AUGUUGAAGAAACCGGGGGCUCCGCUAUCGUUGUCUGACUGCCUCUGCCAAAUCUGCAUGGAGAUCUUUGUAGAGCCUGUGACACUGCCAUGCAACCAUACCCUCUGUAACUCUUGUUUCCAGCUGACAGUUGAAAAAGCCAGUCUUUGUUGCCCUUUUUGUCGGCGUCGGGUCUCUUCUUGGGCACGGUAUAAUGCCCGCAGGAAUACUCUUGUCAAUUGGGAGCUCUGGGAAAAGAUCCAGAAGCAUUACCCAAAGGAAUGUGAGCGUAGGAUUAACGGACAGGAUUUGGAAGAUGAAAUCUGUGUCCCCCAUCCGCAGCACCAGCUGAGCAAGCCUGGGGAACUGAGGCAGGAAUAUGAAGCAGAGAUUAGCAAGGUGGAGGCAGAAAGGCGAGCGCAUGAGCAAGAGGAGAACAAGGCGAGUGAGGAAUACAUUCAGCGCCUUCUGGCAGAGGAGGAGGAGGAACAGAGAUUGGCAGAAGAGAGGCGGAGGGAGAUGGAGAAACAGCUGAAGCAAGAUGAAGAGUUGGCCUGGCAGCUGAGUAACAGCCUGAAUGAUGAUUCCAAAGGACACGUGCUCAGCAGUCCUGCACGAGCAGGCAGUGUCUCACUUGAAACAUCCCCAGCUAAUUUGUGCAAGACGAAGAGCAAACCAAGCAACUCUGGAGACAUUCAAAAGUAUCUGUCUCCAAAACUUCAUCAUACAUUGGGAUCAGCAUCAUUCUCUAGAACAAGAGGCAGGAGUGACUCUGGCUCUGUGGAGACCAAUGGUAAUGAAGGCAGCAGUUCAGCAUGGCAAGAUGAGCAAGAGGAAAUGCCAACACUGUCUCCACAGCUGACUGGUGUCAUUAAAGAUUCCAGUGCUAUGGAUUUGUUUUUGGAAUCGUGCAUGAACUAUUUCAGUACCUCUACUUCGGGGGAAACUACUGCUGUCAAGCAGGAAAAACCACCAGGAACAAAUUGUGUAGGAGAUGAGAUUCCAGAUGCGUUUCAUGGAAUCACAAAAGGGGAAGGCUCUGCAGCAGUUCUUAGAUCUAAAGAAGAAGAUGAUGGAAUUGAGUCAGACAGUGGCAGUUUAACACAUGUAGAAAGCAUAAACCCUGAAAAUUCUGCUUAACCUCAUACCUGUAUUCAAUCAACAGCAAAUUCUGUGAUGUCUGACAGCACAAGUGUAGUAUGUGACCUUAUGAAGGUGGCUAGACACUCAGAUGAAGAGAAACCAGAGAGCUUGCAGAACACUAGGGAGACUCCAAAAAGAAAGUUGCUGGAGCCACCAGCUGAAGCAGUGGUUGACUUUUGUGUGCUUGAUAAGAGAAGAAGAACUUUUCCAGAAAGUUUAGAGGAGCAAGGGGAGCUGAUAAAUGAUUUUAACUUGCAAAUGCAGAAAGCCUUUGAGAAGGAGUUCUAUGAAAGACGUAUGCAAGAGGAGCAGGACAGGCUUCUGGCUCUGCAGCUGCAAAAACAGAUCAACAAGGAGGAAAGGACACUUAAUCGACAAAAGGGAUCUCCAGAUCAGUAUCUUCUUCGCACCAAACCACCUCAGUUGGUGAAAGACUCUCCUGCUAGAAAGGGAAGUUCUAAGGUGGCAAAAGAUGCAAAGGUACCAAAAAAACAGGUUGAAACAAACCACCGCAAAACUCGCAGAGGUUCUUGCAAUGAAAACUGGCAGUCCCCUACCAGAGUCCGGAUGAAAUCGCCCAGCAUCAAAGGAGGAAAGGUGUUGAAUUGUGUGGUUAAUACCAGUGAUGCAAAUGAUAUUUGUACACUACCUAAGAAUAAGCAAAAGACGAUCCUUCAGAUGCUUAAAAGCCCUGUUGCAGAGUAG